AUGGGUAAAAAGGGGCCAAGAAAGAACUACUUUGUAGUAUGUCGAGGUAGAACAACUGGAAUCCUCGAUGGAUGGGCGCAAUGCGAAGCAUCCAUUUCUGGCUUUUCCAGUGCCAAAUUCAGAGGCUAUGAGACUCACGGUGAAGCCCAAGGAGCAUGGCAUGAAUGGCUAAGAUUUCAAGGUCUUGCGCCAAAUGAAGGAGCACCACAAAACACUCUAGAGAAUAAUCGUACAGGUAUAUCUAUGAUUACAAACCAACUUGCGGUUAACAACAAUCUUCAAGCUCGUGUAGCGUCGAAAAGGAAAUAUGAAGAGAGAAAUUCUUCCCCGGACGUCAUAGCCCAUGUCGACACAAAAACUCCCCGGUCAAUCAAGGCAGAAGACAGUGCUACAUCGCCAGACGUUAAUGUUAUUGAUCUCACUGGAAGUCCAAAAUCUGCAAUUUCAUCUGGGAACCUUUCCGUUUCCGAAAACGAAGACUCUCCAGCACUAAAGAGGGUGAAACAUGAAGAUAAUAAACAAGCACUAGAUCUUGAUCUCGAGAUUCCAGACUCCGAACUCGAAUCUUCUAACGAUGAUUUUUUCGAUAAUCGUACGAUGUGCAAAGUCACCCCCAAGCCCGUCGAGCUUACGGCAGAGCAAGUGACAGUGGUUGAGAUGGCAAUGAGUGGAGAUAACAUAUUUCUUACAGGUGCCGCAGGGUCCGGCAAAACAGUCACAUUACUACAAAUCAUCGGAAAGUUGAAGGAGAAGCUAGGGGACUACAAUCAGAUUCCAAAAGUUCAAGUCGCAGCGCCAACUGGAUUAGCUGCACUGCCCUUGAAUGGGAGAACUACAUACUCCGUUGCUGGCUGGAAACCUGAUUCUUUCAAGCAGCGUCUUGAUCUGCUUUUGCAAUCAACAAAAAGAAGGACGGCCCGAGCUCUUUGGAAACUUGAAGUUCUAAUUUUGGAAGAGAUAUCAAUGAUUGAGAGUCAAUUUCUGGAGCGCCUCAACUUGCUUCUACAAAGGGUAAAGAAUAACCGUGAGCCAUUCGGGGGUAUUCAAGUGAUAUUCCUCGGCGAUUUCUAUCAGCUUCCCCCAGUAAAACCAUUCGAACAUUGUAUGAUGUGUGGAGUUGAAAUGGUUGGACUUUUUAAUCGAGUUUGUCAAAGUACACGCUGUAAGGAUCGUCCAGACAAUAUAUCCUUUGCGCCAGGGGAUAAAUGGGCAUUUAAUGCUCCAGUGUGGAAACAGCUUAAAUUUAGGUUUGUCAAACUGGAACAAAUUCAUCGGCAAAAGGAUGAGACUUUCAAAGCCCUCUUGAAUAAAGUUCGCAAUGGCAUCAAACUUAGCGAUUCAGAGUGGCAUGAUUUGAUUCGUCCCAAGGAGCUUCCCCCUUCAUCGUUUCCCGUUCGUCUUAUGGCAAGACGAAUUGAUGUUAAAAGAUUCAACGAUUCUCAACUGGACUUGAUACAAUCAGAGGCCAAAGUCUGGGAGGCCUAUGAUGACUCGUGUAAACUUUACAAAUUGGAUGAUGUUCAACCUCAGUCUGAGAUUGAGAUGAAGAGACAGGAAUAUAGAGUCGCCCUAUCAGAAUGGCAUCGUUUCCCAGAGAAGUUGACGCUGAAAAUUGGUGCGAAAGUGGUUCUACUUCACAACCAAGCACCAGAUUUAGGCUUGGUGAAUGGUUCGCAGGGUACAAUAGUUGGGUUUGUAAAUGCGAAAAAAUGGCCGCCAGCAACAUUUCAGGGAGACCAUGAAGAAUGGCGAAAAACGCAAAUGAAGAUUUACAAGGACAAGAAUCCAUGGCGACCAAUUGUUAAGUUUGCGGAUGGGAAAACGUCUGCGAUUGCACCAGUUCCUUCAGAGACUUUGAUGGGAACCGUCGAGGAUAGAUAUUUGGUCUGCAGAACUCAAAUACCACUCAUGCUAGCCUGGGCUUUAUCGAUACAUAAAAGUCAGGGUAUGACGAUGGAGCAUGUGGAGGUAUCGAGAAAGGAUAUCUUUGAAUCGGGUCAAUUAUAUGUUGCCCUUUCUCGGGCGAAGACGCUGGAGGGGCUUACGGUUACGGGUUAUUCGAGAGAAGAGAUUGCUAUGGAUGAAGAUGUUGUGGAGUUUUACCGGAAGACUAAAUGGGAGAAUUUGCAACCUCCUGUUAAGUGA